AUGGACGAAAUUUGUGUAAAAAUAGAGCGCAGAGGUGGAAAAGUGCGUAGCACUCAUUCUCUGCGCGUUUCUGCUCUCCACACAGUGCCACACAUUUUACUCUCAUUUUUAGCCAACAAAAUGACCUUCACCGCGCUACCUACGAUGGACAGUGAAGCUCCACUUUUGAAUGACUUUGCCAGUUACGACUAUGGCAAAGAAGCGUCAGACGGAAAACUUUUAAAGAGCUUGACUUUUCUAGCCGGAUGCUCACUUUGCCUUGUCAGUGCACUCAAUGUCUUGAAUAUCUUUUCUGUACUCUCACCCUCGCUCUACCUACUCAACUUUAUUCAAGGAAUCCUUGGAUUUACAGUAAUAAUUCUCGAGGGAGAUCAAUACUCCUUUUUGGAGCCAUAUGGAAACAUGAUUGACACGUACUUGAAGAUCCUAAACCUUAACAUUGGAAAGGCAAUCUUCUUUUACUUUAUUGCAUUGCAAUCAUUCACUCUCACUUCUCUCUCUGUUUUGUAUCUGCCCGAGGCACUUGCAUGGGCUGGAAUUGCUACUGUGUUGUUAGUAGGAUCCACGAAAAAGUUUUAA